GUCAAAGAUCUGCAAACCGACGGGCAUUUUGCUCUCUCUUCAUAUGACGGUCGAGAUUUGUUCCUUAUUGAAAUGCCAUUUCUUUUUGUUUGCAUUUAUAAUGAUAAGUUAAAGAUUGUUGAUGUAGAACUUAUGAAGAAGGCCUUUAGUGUAAAUAAUAAUUAUAUGUAUUGGCAAGAAUGGGAAUUAUUUGUAGCACAUCACAUUUCCUUUCGCGUCAAUCUGGCCAUUAAAAUGGGGAAAAAUGAGCUAUCUCUUCGAAAUCUACAUCCUGGUGCUUAUGGAACGAAAGAAGACUUGGAUAUUGUUAUGAAAUUGAAAAGGCUCGGUAUAUAUAGGUCGAGAGAGCAAUUUCCAUUAAAUUUAAUAGUGACGGAUAAUUCUGAUGGUUCAAAGAUCCCCUGGGAUAAUGGGCAUUGUGUUGUUGUUAAUGGUACUUCUGCUGAAUCUUCAGACAUGAUUUAUGUUAUGGAAGGUGUAUCUGGAUUUUUUUAUAUCAUAAUGGUUCAAAACAAAUGGGAUUAUGGCUCAGAGGAGAUAAAAGAGGAAAAUGUUAGUGAUGAAAACAAGAAGAAUGUUAAGAGCAUCAAACGUUCUAACCUUGAAGGGUAUGAAACCAAAACGAUCAUAUUUACUACACAACCAUACAAGGGGAAUAAAAAUCUACCAGAAAUUCUGAUCGUCUCAAAAGAAAAUUUUAAGAGCUACUUUGGCCCCGUUUUUUCAGCACGAGCCACAUUUUCUCUUACUAGGGAUAUCAAUCCCAAUUUUUGGGAUAUAAAUAGGUUAAAAAAUACUCUUAUGGGAAUUGGUAAUGCUUCUAUUUAUAAUGUUGCUGCAAAACGGCCAUAUAUUAGAGAGGAUCAUUUUUAUAGUGUGAACCCAAGGGCGGUUAAAAAACAAAAAUUAGACCUUUUCCCAUUUGAUGUACAAGGCACUGAAAUAUAUGCACCCAUCAUUUAA